GAAAAUGUGAUCAUAAACCGAUUAGUGUUUGAAAUAACCAUUCCAAAUAAAUUAAUGCCGCCUGAACGAGGACUUGACGUCUGAAAGUCCAUAAUGCCGUGACACGAAUUGUUAUGAUAAGCCAUGAUCGGCGACCAUCAACACACAGCAGAAAACAACGUUGGCAAUGGAAUCGGCUGACUAAAUACUCGUGUAUGAAAGGAACAAAUUGAAAGCAGUAAAAAUGGCGCGCGGUAGUGUGUUUGGAUGUGGAUCUUCUAGUCAUAGCGUAAUGUUUGUUAAAGUUGCUGUUGCAGUAUUGUUCUUAGGAUUACCAUGUGCACAAUCGCAGGUAGAAAAAAUGUAUGUCGACGUCACAGAAGUUAACCUCUUAGUGGACGAGACGCGACUCUUCAAAUUGAUUCAAAUCGGCGAGUACAACGAAACCAUAGACGUGACAUUACAAGCCCAGCACCCGGACAUCGUCCAGUUCUCACCGCCUCACGUCUUGAUACCGGGCGUGGAGAGCCCCAAUACGACAGUCGAGAUAUCAUAUGAUAUCAGCGCGCAUGGGAAGAGUCCGGGACAUUCCGACGUUUCCUUUAAUGUCACGCCGAGUGGCAUUGUCAAUAUGGACACAGUAUUCAUCCUCGUAACCGUGAUGCACUCAAACGCCAUCUACAUAAUCUCGUACAUCAUGGGCUGGGUGUACUUCGCGGCGUGGUCGGUGUCAUUCUACCCUCAAAUCUACACCAACUUUAAAAGGAAAAGCGUCGUGGGCCUUAACUUCGACUUCCUCGCGCUCAAUGUCAUGGGCUUCACCAUGUAUUCGCUGUUCAAUUGCGGCCUAUAUUUCUCUAGCCGAAUACAAGCGGAAUACUUCGCUCGACACCCGAAGAGUUUGAAUCCAGUGCAGCUGAAUGACGUUUUCUUCUCACUCCAUGCUGUCUUCGCUACCCUCAUCACGAUAGUUCAAUGCCUCCUAUAUGAGCGCGAGGAGCAACGUGUUUCGCUGGCGGGUCGCGGGAUCUUAGGCGUUUUUGGUCUCGUAGUGAUAGUGACGGCCAUCUUGGGCGGCGUUGGCACCGUGGCGUGGCUCGACUUCAUAAACUACUGCAGCUACAUCAAGCUCGCCAUCACGCUUAUCAAAUAUCUACCUCAGGCGUACAUGAACUACAAGCGCAAGUCAACCGUCGGGUGGAGCAUCGGCAACAUUUUCCUCGACUUCACCGGCGGGUUCCUGUCCAUUUUCCAGAUGGUGCUGAACGCGUACAACUACAACGACUGGGUCUCCUUUUUCGGCGACGCCACCAAGUUCGGCCUGGGCCUCUUCUCGCUCGUGUUCGAUGUCUUCUUCAUUCUGCAGCACUAUGUGUUCUACAGAGAGAACAACGAUUUUGAUGUAGUAGACAAUAACAGUAGUGACGAGUCGAGUCAAGGGGAAACGCGGAGUGGUGACGGGCGGGAGUACUUUUUAUUGGUCGAUAAUUGGAAUGCCGAUGGAAAGAAGUACAAUCUCAAUGGAAAAGCGCGAUGAAGGCUGGCGGCAGCUCAAACCGAUCCUGUAGAAUAACAUUAGGUUAUUUACUGUGGUUGAUAGCUUUAUCGCAAUGCCAUACACAUUGACUUAUCCGCCCACAAUUGUCUACCUAGAAUAAUGUCUAGCUUGCUCAAGAAAAUACCUAAAAGGUAUUUUACGUCUUCCCUAUUUGUAACUAAGAUUUAUAUUUUUAGACUUUCAUAGUCAUGUAUUGUUGAGUUUAAUAUAAUUUAACAGGGACCAAUUCAAAAUUGACUGUUCUAGAUGAAUAAUUGACUGUAUUUUACAUUAGGUACUAGAGAAAAGCAGGAAUAAUAUCAUAUAUUUGUGUUGUUAAAUAGUUUGUUGUUGAAUGACAUAGUCAUUCGUUUCGAAAAGAUCUGUGAUGACAUUAUAUUGAAUAACGCAUUUUAUAUUAAAAUGUGUACAAUUCGACAUUAUUUUAUUUUAUUUUUCAACUCAAAAUAUGACCACAUAUAUACGAGAAGCCCAUCCUUUUCCCGCAUGCCACAUUUAAAUUAGGUCUUUAUUUUUGUACAAUUUAAAUUAGACCAAUUAACAUAUAUUAAUUAAGACAAACGCUGUAACUUUCUUGUUUAUCAAUAAACGUAUUUUGGCUU